AUGCCAAUGGUAGUCAUCAUCCGUAUUUCACCCGCCUUUAGACGCCAUUUAGAGGACAUAUAUGACCUCUGUUGGUCUCCAGACGAGGCCUUCCUUCUCUCCGGUUCCGUCGACCACUCGGCCAUCUUGUGGCAACUUGAUCUGGCUCCGACAUCUGUUAGUCAGGAGGGUGUCGCCGAUCAGACAGGUGCCAAAGAGAGCGGCUCAACACCGACAGCCCUGAGAACCGUCAUCUUAAGGGAUCACAAACACUAUGUGCAAGGUGUUGCCUGGGACCCGCUAGGCGACUUUGUGGCAACAAUGUCUUCUGACCGAACGUGUCGCAUUUAUCGAGCUGGUUCGAAGAACUGUCAUGCAAACAUUUGCAAGGCUGGGAAACAGAAUCUGUUCCAAGUAUGCUUCUUUUGCAUAUUUGUUUUAGCUUAA